CGCACGGAAGGAGAACAGGCACCACAGGCUGUCAAGACGGUGCUAUGGAGUCCCCGGUGAGCGACUCCCCUGUGAGACCAGGAUACUACCGUGUGGAAGUGCAGAAAACCACGUGGGAUAUCCCGCAGAGAUACACGCAGCUCCACUCCAUUGGAUCUGGCGCGUACGGAACUGUGUGCGCGGCCAUUGACCAGAACACCAAGGAGAAGGUGGCUAUCAAAAAGCUGUACAGACCCUUCCAGUCCCUGAUCCAUGCUAAAAGAGCUUACAGAGAACUGCGGCUGCUGCGCCACAUACAACAUGAUAAUGUGAUCUCACUGCUCAACGUCUUCACCCCAGCUUCUACCUUGGACACAUUCCAGACUUUUUACAUGGUGAUGCCCUUCGUAGCUCAAGACCUGGGGCACAUCAUGAAGAGGAAGAGGCUGACAGACCGUAUCAUCACCUACCUCUUCUACCAGCUCCUCCGUGGGCUCAAGUACAUUCACUCAGCAGGCAUCAUUCAUCGGGAUCUCAAACCUGGAAACCUGGCUGUGAAUGAGAACUGUGAACUCAAGAUUUUAGACUUUGGCUUGGCACGGCAGACUGAAACAGAGAUGACAGGAUAUGUGGUGACGCGCUGGUACAGAGCUCCAGAGGUCAUUUUCAACUGGAUGCACUACACUCAAACAGUGGACGUGUGGUCAGCUGCCUGCAUUCUGGCUGAGAUGAUCACUGGACAGGUUCUGUUCCCAGGACACGAUAGCAUUGACCAGCUGAAGAAGAUAAUGCGGAUGACCGGAACUCCUGACAGCACUUUGGUCCAAAAGAUGCAGAGCAAAGAUGCACAGACAUAUGUACAGGGCCUGCCUCCACAGAAGAAGAAGAACUUCAGAGAGGUGUUUCCUGAUAUGGACAAACAUGCGGUGGAGCUCCUGGAGGGCAUGUUGCUGCUGGACCCAGAGAGGCGUCUCACUGCGGCUCAGGGCCUGACUCAGCCCUUCCUUUCUGAGUACCAUGAUCCAGAGUGUGAACCUGACUCAGAACCCUACGAUGACUCCUUCGAGAGCCUGGAGCUGGCAGUGGCGGAGUGGAAGAGUCUUAUCCACAUGGAGAUCAUGACCUUUGACCCUGAUGAUCCUAGAAGGACAGCUAUGUAGACAUUCUACAGAUUGUUUGUUGUUGUUUUUUUUUUUUGUUUUUUUUCAAAAACAUUUUUCCCUGUUUAUUGAAGCUGAAGAAAAUUACUCCACUUCAGCUAGACUGUUUUAUCCUUCACAUCUUGAAAUUCAAUGAUUUCUCAUGUCUCUGCUCACAAAGUGCUGUUAAGUAGAUAGGCAUGGUUGAUGUUUUAAAAGUGAAAAUGUUAUGGGUCUGUGUUUCAGAGCUGGUGUGUACAGUAUCAUAAAUAAAUCUCUCAGCCCCCUUUUGAAACCUGUAGAGCACGCGUCUGAGAGGGACAUGCUGCUAACCAUUUGACUGUAAAUUAAAUAACAACAAAAAAUGUAAUUAAAGGUGUUCUUCUAUAGGCUGUUUGAUAUUAUUUUAUACAAAAUGAAACCCUGGUGUAUUCACAAUUUUAAUAUGUGUUUUAAACAAGGCCUGGUACAAACAGUCGUUUAGAAUGUUACAAUACGAUUCACAGACAAAAGCACACAGAAAUUGUUAUCAAAUCAUGU